CUUCCUUCAGUCGCCCUUGAACCUCGGAAGAGAGAGGCCGCUUCGUCCUUGACCCUCGAUUCACCCUUGAUCUUCCGGCCGUCCUCGAGCCUCAGUCGCCCUUGAACCUCGGAGGAGAGAGAGGCUACGUCCCGCUCUGCCACCGAGAUGAGCCAGUCGACGUCUCUUGCAGUCGGCGGACCCGAGGACUUGCUGCCGGAGCCGGACGUCGGGAACGACACGCUGGAAGAGAUCGACUGCGAGAUGAAAGCGGUGGAAGAGUUCAUGGAGGGCAUCCGAGAGGAGAAGAGGGACGUGAGUACGGCCAUCCGGAACCUUUUCUUCUUCUGUGAAGCCCUGCUGCGGGAUGUCUGCAGGUGGCGAGACCGAAGACAGAAUCGCGCCGGCCACAAGAAGAGCAGUGUGUUGAAGGAGCCGGCUGAGAAGGAAUGUGCUGAAGCCGAAGGAGAGACAAGCCCGCUAUCUGGACUGACGGCUGAGAUGCAGGACCUGAAUGUUAAGGGAGACGAAGGUCAGGAGGAGGAGCAUAGCAACGAGGAUCAAGGUAGUAAGGAGGAAAGGGACUCUGGAAGCGUAGAAUGGGAAGCCGAAGAUGAUAUUGAAGGUGAACAGGGUGAGGAGGUGAAUCUUCACGAAGACUCCUUGCUGGUCGACAAUAAGCUCUUAGAUAUCGAAGACGCUGUGGAUGAACUUCGAGAUUCCCCGAGCCCCGAUUUGGACUCCGACGAUGACGCGGAAAUGUCGGUCGAGUUUCUGCAGUCGCUUGUGGGCCUUGUCCGGAAGGAGUUGGCGGCAGCGGAGGAGGAGAGGGAGGUGCUGGAGCGGCACGAGAAGUCCCUGACCGAAGAAUUUGAAGCCCUGAACGAGAGUCGCACGAGUUUGCUGAACGCGAGCGCCUGCGAACGAAAGGACGGGUCGUUGAAUGUUCCCGUCGCUACGGAAGCCGAGUCACGCGGGCACGAGGGCGAAGAUGAACAGGCACCCUCAAUUGGUGAAAAUCCGAUGGAUCCAUCAACGGCUGGGGAAUUAUCUGAAGAUGCUACGUGUGCCUUGCAAACCACCGAAGAGGAACCCACGCUCUGUGUAAGGCUGGAAGCUCCGCCAGCUGUUGGUGAGGCAGCUGGAGAAGCCACCUGUCUUCUGGAACCCAAAGGAAAAACAAAUCCCACACUUGCCGUCAGUCAAGAUCUAUCAAGGGCUGAAGAUAUUGGAUAUUUUGCAGCUCAAACAGAAAGAAAUUAGGGACGUGGAUUCUUCAGGCACGCAUUACAAUACACAGGAUAAAUAAAUGUGUUUAAUCUGAUUGUCUUUAGAGUUUGUGCGAAUUUAGUUUGGUGUCAGAAGGAUUUUUUUUUUUUUUUCUGAAUUGAAGUAGUUCAUUUACUGUUUUGAGAAAGGAAAUAAUAGUUCUUAUAGAAAAUCAAAAGAGUAUUGUUUGUGCUUAAAGGUUUGAUUAAUUGUUGAUCAUCAAGAUUUCAUCCGUGGUUUACUAUGGCCUUUUUAUUACUUUUUUUUUUCUCCCAAUUGCAAAUUAAGUGCAGCUUCCGGAAUGCAGAAUUUUUCAUGAAGGGAAAAAAUAUGACCAGAGAAUAUUGGGUCAAAAUGUGAUUAACAUGUACAUGGAAUAUUCCAGUACAAUCUGUCUAUUUAUUUUGCAUGUGUAUGAAAAAUAUAAAAGGAAAUAAAACUUCGGUAGAAAAUUA